AAUCAAUAUGAUGUAACUGCCAAGAAGUUACAUAAUUUGACGUCAUUUAAAAAAGAUAACGCAACGCACGACUUUACUUUCACCCAUACACACACACACACGCACAUUAAACUUAGAAAUCACAAUUUGUUUGAACAUGCAAGUGGAGCAAUGCCCAGUGAUUGCAGCGAAGAUGAAUGGACCAGGACCAGCUAAGUAUAAACUACCAGGAACCUUUGGUUACAUGUAUCAUGAUGCGACCAGAAAAAAAAUGCCAGCAUUUAGCUUUGGAAAACGAUUUAACAUAUCGCAUGAAAGUUGUUCUCCUGGUCCUUCAUAUAUGGUUCCACAAUUUGUGACGCGAACGGGAAGAGCAACCGCCCCAGCAUAUUCUCUUUACGGAAGACAACCCGAGAAGACAUUUAACCACACUCCCGCCCCAGGUCAGUACAGUCCGGAGAAGUAUCCAAUACCGCAUAACAAAAGAGCACCUAGUUAUUCUUUUGGUGGACGAGCGAAAGAAAGUCGAGUAGAGAAGUCGCCAGCACCAAACGCGUACAAAUUACCAUCAUUAAUUGGUUCAGAAUGUAUUGCGCGACAUUCGGCUCCUUCGCAUUCUAUUUGUGGAAGACCAAAGAUCGGCGGUUGUUAUGAAGAUCUCAAAAAAACCCCUGGUCCCGGCACCUACAAAGUAUGUGACCCGAAUACCUACUUAUCAAGAGGACCAGCUUACUCAAUUAAAGGCCGCCAUGAUAUUAUACAAGAUAAAGUGAUAGUUCCUGGACCUGGGGCAUACCGACCUGAAAAGGUAUGGAUCAACAAAAAGACUGGACCGAGCUUUUCGUUUGGCAUACGCCAUACACAAUACAUCACGAUGUUGAAUGACGAGCCAGAAAAUCCAGAACAUAGUUGACUAGACGUGAAAGGAAAGCAUUUGUUAUCCAGCGAUCUUAAACAUCAAGAAAAUAUCAUGAUUCAAUUACAAGGACGAUCGCUGGAUUUGUAUCGAUUUUAUUUAUAGAAUGAUAAAAAAUGUGCAAAUAA